UGCAGGAGAAGCGGCAAAACCAGCUGCCUGGCCCAGUUCUGGGCUUCCCUGUGCGCUCCGGACAGGGGGAAGGCGCAAACCAGAGGGCAGGCCUGGGGGCGGUGCUGAGGGUUGUCCAGACUCCUUGCCCGGUGCAGCCCUCCUCAGCCCUCCUCCCGCCGGCGGCCCCGCUCUCACUCCAGCAGCUUCUUCAGCCCCGGGGGUGGCAGCAGCAAUGAGGCCGAUAGUGGCGGCGCGGCGGCGGCAACAGCAGCGUCGGCGGCGCUGGGGGGUGCCGGUGCUGUUGGUGCUCUACGUGGGCUAUGUGGGGAUGGGCGCCGGCGUGCUGCAGGCGCUGGAGCGGCCGGCCGAGGUGCAAGCUGCCCAGCAGCUCCUCCAGCAGCACUGGGAGCUACUGGCCAACCACACCUGCCUGGGGGGGCCCGACCUGCAGCGGCUCAUCAAGGGUGUCGUCCAAGCCUACAAGAGUGGCAUAACCCUCCAGGGAAACACCACUAGCCUGGGCAGGUGGGACUUCCGUGGGUCUUUCUUCUUCUCCAUCUCUGCAAUAACAACCAUUGGCUAUGGGAACCUGAGCCCAAGCACUGUGCCUGGUCGAAUCUUCUGCAUCUUGUUUGCACUCUUUGGGAUCCCUUUGAACCUUAUCCUCAUGAAUGAAAUUGGGCAGCUGAUGCUGUUCGGGGUUCAGCAUUGUGCCCAUCGCCUAGAGGAGGUGUUUCGCUGGCAGAAAAAAGUUUCCUUCCUGAUUAAGACCUGUGCACUGGUAACUGGCUUGUUAUUGUUCCUCCUGCUACCUCCCUUGUUGUUCUCUGACAAAGAAGGCUGGUCUUAUGAAGAAGGCUUCUACUAUUCCUUCAUCACUCUCAGCACUAUAGGGUUUGGAGAUUAUGUAAUUGGAAUGAACCCAGACCGCACCUAUCCAGCCUGGUACAAGAAUGUAAUCUCUCUCUGGAUCCUCUUUGGGAUGGCCUGGUUAGCACUGGUUAUCAAAUUUUGCAUCAACUUUUUAGAGAGCUCCAGUGACUUCUGUCAGUGCAACAAGAAGACAACAGAGAUGGCAGAAGACUUAAUGGAUAGCAACAAAAAUAGUAUGACCGGACUUCACAAUGUGGAGAACUGCAAUGACAAAGACACAAAAACAAAAGGACCAGAUGAAUCUCACACCUACACAGCUCCCACAGAAGCACUCUAGGGAAAAAAAAACCCACACCCUUAAUGUCUCUUAGGUUUUAGUGCACCAGAGAUGCACCACUUAAAAAUGUGAUGAUGGAGCUGCCCUGACAUUCACAUGGGGUGAAAGCUUACUGAGCUUGAAAUGCUUCUAUUCUGAAUUGAACAACGACAUGUUGCAUUUGCAGCACCACCAAUGAGACUCCUUGCCAAAAGUAGAUUUAUGAAAGUAUUACCUACCCUUCCACCUCAAUAUAUGAGGUAAACUUUGACAUCCAUAUGCAACACUUGCUCUUGUCCUUUUUUUUGCAUGCCAAGUUCUUGUAGCGUCUAGUUGUACAUAUGGCAUUUUGCAAAUACCACAGUUAGAAAAGCAAUUGCCAUUUAAUGCAGAAAACAAAUUGCUUGUUGAUAAAGACUUGGUCAAAAGCACUAUUUAAAGCCACCUGGCAGUUACUGCAAACGUGCCCCAUCACCUGUAUGCUUGUGCUUGCCAAAGAUGAUAAUGUGCUUUUGCAAUCUGAUCGUGGAUGUCAAUGAGGCAGAGCUUGUAGAGGUAUGUAAUAGAAAUAAAUAAUUUAAGUCUUUAAAAUAAUUUUCUAUGUCAGAGGUCCACUAUUAUUAAAAAGAGACAAGGCUUUUCCUUACUCCAGAACUUAUGUAGGCUCGUCCUUUGUAAAGUAUUAUGUAGACCAAAUGUCAUCAGCUAAAUGUGACAGUUCUUUUAAAUAGAUUCUUAUUUUGCCACAUCUUGGAAGCCAAAAAGGAAGACUAGAGGCAGUUUUAAGUACCAUUAGUUCUAAUUUUAUCCCAUGGUCAAUGUUGACAAGGGCUACUUUAAUCUAGGAGCAGACCAUAGUAUCUUCAACUGUGAUCAAGAAAUGCUAUUCUGAUGAACUUCUCACAUCAUAGAAGAAUAGCAUAUCUGUUCUAGCUAACAUAUUUUAUAUAAGCACAACUACAUUUUGAUCCAUGGAAUGCCAAACCUGCUUAUUUGGCCUUUGUAUCAAUCAUGAAACAGAACUGUUUAGGUUUUAUAAUCCUUUAUAUUCUCAGAAAUCUUCUGAUAAGUGAUGCCUUUUAUAAAGACCCAACAGUCUAACCCCUGCUACCAUUUAUAUGCCCACGUCUAAUCUUCUUGUUUUCUUAUUCUUAUUGUGCUCGGUGCAUCCUAGAGCAUUAACUUCGAAAACUUGGCCAUAGUAGUAAAGCAGGAAGAAGCAUUUGGGUGAGCCUUCAGCUGCUGCAUUGGACCAAGGUUCCAUGUGGAUGGUGGAGAAAAGACUGAAAACAGUCUGUUGGGGUAUGAGACUCAGGAAUUAAAAAUAUCCAUAGCUGGAUUCACGGAUAUGUAGGAAGUGAAAUGUUUACCAUCUUCAGGAUCACAAGUUCUAGAACAUGUACUGUAGAAAAACUGUUUCCUGAUUAGGCCAGUCUCAGUGUGAUAUGUGGUCGAACUGAUUACAGGAGAUAAUGCAGGAAAGGAAUCUGCUGAAUGAAACUUAAUUUGUCAGUCUUUUUGACAUCAUCCUGUUACUGACCCCACUGUAAUAAAUAUUCUCUCAAAUACUGUUUCAAUGGGCAGCGGAGAUAAGAAAGGGGGAGGUAGUAGGGAUCUCAGGUAGUAGUUGGGACACUGAUGCAAAAUAAAUACAUUUCAACUUUUUGAACAUUGGGUAAUUUCUUUAACAGCCUUUAGCACAAACAUUUCUAUUUCUUCUAUGUUUUGUCUUUAUUUUUCACUGAUGGGUACGCAAUGUACGUUUUACUGACAUUCAUAAUAGGCUGGCCUAUAGGUAAGAACAAAGUGUAUUUAUUUAAACCUAAAUAAAUCACAAUUCCACAGUUUAAAAUAUGAUGUGCUUUUAUGCACAUCCUUUGCACAUUCUUUCAGGUGCAAAACUUAGUAAAUCUAACUACACCAUAAAAUCUGGAUGCCCAGAAGGUAGUAGCAGUUUCUACUGUCGAAGCAUGGGAAUGUCUGUGCAAAGUGUAUUUCAACUUUAACCUGGAAUGUCACAGGCUCUGGGGAUUUCUACCAGUUCUGCUCUUUGAUGAGAAGGCUUAGCUUGAGAAGACCUUAUUCUUUUCAAUUUGAAUGUCUAUUGUAUUAAUCACAUCUGGUUCAUAUUCCUGUGCAAUUUGUAGUUUUCGGAUGAGGUUUUUAGAAGUGCCUGAGAGGUUUGGGCACUUCUUGUCCCACUGAAGUGUAGUUGUGUGGCUUAGGACAGCUGAUCACACUUCUGAGACCUAAAAGGAAGAGGUACACUAGGAGUAGCCUUGAAAAAAGGAAAAAAUGCUAAUUCUUCUUAGAUCUCAAUGUUUCCACUGUAUGUCAGGGUUCAGCCACAAACUGAAGCAUGUGUCUGGGUCUCAAGGUGACUCAAUAUCUGCCCCAGCAAUCCUUGCUUAUUCACUUCCUUUGCAGCUGUGCUGUUGUGUUACCCAGCAGCUCACAACCAGCACAGUCCUGACACAGGAUACUUUGUAGGAGACACAUCUGAAUGGCUUGCAAGCCACAUGUAACUCCUGAGCAGCGUGUUUCAUGCUUGUGUUCUGGGUCACCUGAAAAAAAUAUGAAAUGAGUCGAAUACCAUCUCUGCCUGGGUUCUCUGAUGCCAAAUGAGCAUGUUGUUAAUUAUAAAUACCUUUUUCUUGACAGUUUCCAAGCAAGCUUUUUACACAGAGAAUAAAUAUUGUUGUCCCCAUGUCCUCACAAA